UAUAAACACUAUACAUACACCAUAACCGAGGAGAUGUGAAACGCGAACGUCGGAAAAACCCUAGCGCGCGAUGGCUUCGACGGCGCGACAGAUCGACAAAGUUCGGUGAUGGCGACGGUGAGAAGGCUUUGUUCUUCAGCGGGCAGGUUUUAGUUCUGUUUAUUGACGUUUUUGUUCGAGUUUUCUUCUUCUCCGGGCGUUCUGUCCCGCGGUCUUUUUCUCCGGCUCAAUUUGGCCGAGACUCUGUUUCGAGUGCCUCCUGCGGGAUUUUACCGCUGCAGUAUUUCUUAUCCGUAUUGGCUCUUUACUUGCUUUUGGGGUUGCAGUGGUUUCGUUCCUAGUUUACUUCUGUGCUUUGGUGUUUUUUGUCAUUUGCUUUGAUUUGGUGAAAUCUUGGUUUGGAAUGAUGGAUAUGAUCUCAAGAAAUGUUAAUAUGCUAUCAAUCGCUGAGGAAGAAAAUAGAGGGUUGGUGCUUGCGGCUGACCCGAUCGAGAAUAUGGGCGGGAUUAAUGAGGGCUUCAAUCUAGCGGUGGUGGCCAGAGUGGUGUCAGAUAAACCUGUUCGUGCUGUUUCUUUUUGCCAAUCAAUGGCUAUGGUAUGGCGGCCAGUUAGGGGGGUCUCUAUUGAUGAAAUUGAGGACUCUAAAUUCUUGCUACAAUUCUAUCAUGAGGGAGAUCUGAACAGAGUUGUUGAUGAAGGGCCUUGGUCUUUUGAGCAGAACCUGGUAGUCAUAAAACGGUUGGGUCGCACGGAUAAGCCUUUGGAGGUUGCAUUGGACCAUGCAGAUUUUUGGGUUCAGGUACAUGAUUUGCCUCUAAGUUACAUGACGGCUAGGGCGGCACGUGGCAUAGCUAAUAGCAUCGGAUCAUUUGUGCAAUUGGAUGAGAGCUCCCCGGGUGGAAAGAAAAGGUUGUUUAUGCGAAUAAGUGUCACUCUGAAUGUUACCAUGGCCUUGACUCAACGCUUACAGGUUAGGCAGGAGGGGAACAACUGGACUUGGGCAAACUUUUGGUAUGAAAGACUCCCGAACUUCUGCUUCUUGUGCGGGAUUCUUGGUCAUGCUGACCGGUUUUGUCCCUCUAACCCUCAUAGUGGAAUAGGGAUUGGUGAAAAACCGUAUGGCCCAUGGCUACGGGCGGAUAUGAGGCGGGGAGGAGUGCAUCCAGGAAAUCGGUGGCUUAUUCCUAGCAAUAAUAGACCAUGUGUUAGGCAGGAGGAAAGGGAAGAGACUGAACAAGGGACAAAGGACCAUGGAAGCUAUUUGGUGCAAGGACUCUUGUCAAAGGGUAAGGAGAUCGCCACAAUGGGGGAUGCAUCAAGAAAGCGUAGGAUCACUGAGAAAGAUAAUGAGGUGGGGAUCCAGGCAAGCAUGGAGGUAGAUGAAGAAUCUUCAAAAAACUUGGAAGUGGCGGUGUUGGACGUACAACACCGCCAGUAGCAGAAGAGUAUGAGGUUAAGAUGGGUGUUCCUUUAGCGGAGGCUGGUCAAACUGCUACUCCCUUGCCAGUGGCUGGACAAACUGGAUUAUGUUCCCUUUCUGUUUUUUCUUUUAUUCAGAACUCUGUUUUCUUUUUUCAUUCCUUGUUUAAUAGCAGCAUUGCUGUGUAUGGAGUCUACCAAAUUGCGGUGCGGGGUUAGCGAGGUGGUCCGCUAGUAAGCGCGAAUCCAGCUCUGAGUCUCAUCCCAGUGUAGCCUUUGUUAUGGCGAAUUUGUAUCUGGUCCUCAGUUUAAUUAAUGAUUAAGUUAUCUGUUUUCAAAAAAAAC